GAGUUUGCCCCUGUCAUGUGCACCAUUCUGGGCAAGCAGCUGGGCAGAGCUUGAGGCGCGCAGGUCGUGGGCGGGCCGAUGCCGCCGCGAGCGAAGAGGAAGAGCAGAGCGCCCCUGGGCCGUGCCCAAGGCGGACUGCGGGGCCUGCCGUCACACGCGCUGUGCUGCGCCUGCGGCUUGUGCGUGCUGCUGGCCGGCCUGAACGUGACCCUGCUGGGAGCUUUCGCCGCCUUCCUGCCUGGGCACAACGUGCCCCUGGUGGUGGGGCCCGCGCUGCUCGUGCUGGCUCUGGGCUUCUUUGCUGCCUGCUGCGUGUGCAGCCGCCGGGGCCCCGCGCCCCGCACGCACUCUCCAGCUACCGCGGACCAAGGCGGCGGGCGUCCGGGGACAGUGGCCCUGGAGAUGGAGAGCAGCGAGCGCACGGCUCAGGACACGACGGCGGUGCAGCUCAGUCCAGCCGCCUCCUCCGGCCGCUCCAGCCCCAGCCCGGGGCUCUUCGCCCUGGACCCUCCUGCACCUGCAACCACGGUCGGCUACUUGCCACGCACCGAAGGGACCCAACUCGACUUUCCCCAGGACCCGGCUGCCUCCUAGUGGGCCAGGAGAUGGGGGAGGGGGAAUAAGGCCAAGGACUGUGCACAAGUGGCCUCAUCUAGAACUUCCAAAAGGGAAGGCUGGGAAUUGGCUCUCACACCCCAAAGGGAGCGGAGCUUUGACCUCUUAGGUGGAGUCUCUGAGCUCUGCUUCGUCCUCCCCUCCUCCUCUUCACAUUGAUGGAACUGGACCCCGGAUCUGGAAACCUGCCCCUCCCCGUGGCAUUUGGGCACCAUGGAGGAAGCCUCAUCCAAUCUAGAGGAUCUAGUUAGGUCCUCGGGCUGGAGAGAGAGAUGAAGGUCGAGCUAGUUUUCUCAGGCCCUGUGCGCUGUGAAAGGCAACAGCCCUCCUGCCCAUUCUCCUUGUCUCUACCCCAGCAUGCCCUCUAGGUUUAACUGGGUAACAAAGGUUCUGACUUCAAGAUGGUCCCUGGGAUAAGCUGGAUGGAGUACGCCGGUCCUUUUUGUCUGGCAAAGCUCAGGGGGGCUGAGGCUGGGAUCCUCAGUGGUGAGGAGGCUUUUCAAUCCUGAAGGUCCCCUGUGUGAUUUUUUUUACUGCCAGCACCACCCACCACCUUGACUGUCACACUGUGCAUUCCAGCCUUGUCUCACCCCUCAAUAAAACCCCUGUGAGUCAGC